AGUUAAAACCCUAGCCCCACACACACUACCACAGACUUGUGACGAAACUUACGAAAGGGGGGGAGGGGGCGGAAUCUAGACGACUGACGAGACGACGACGACAUUAAAGGGAGGUGAGGUGCUCAGGUUCGUGGUCCUGCGGCGUGGAUGGAGAUGGAUUAAGCAAGGUUAAGGAUCUAAGGGGGCAUGCUAAAUAUAUUUAUUGGCUGAGUCUGUGAUUAAAUUAAAGAGGGAAAUGGCAAAUAUUAGGGAUAGAACUGAAGAUUUCAAGGAUGCAAUUCGUGUUGCGGCUCGCUCUCUUGAUUACUCCGAGUCGAAAUUGGCGGCAGUUUUGGCAUGUUUCAUCAUGCACAGGCCUCUACAGAGAUCCGCCUUCACUAAAGCUGCAGUCAAAACUCUUGAAAGCAUCAAUGAGUUGGAACAUUUUAUUGUGAAGCAUCGGAAAGAUUAUGUCGAUUUGCAUCGCACGACUGAGCAGGAAAGAGACAACAUUGAGCAUGAAGUUAGCAUUUUUGUCAAAGCAUGCAAGGACCAGAUUGAUAUUCUUAAGAAUAGGAUAUAUGAUGAAGAAAAGAAUGGGAAUUCAACCAGAUGGCUUUCUAUACGGGAUGAUAGCUCUCAUGCUGAUACUGUAGCUCACAAACAUGGCGUGGUUUUGAUUUUGAGCGAGCGGCUUCAUUCUGUCACUGCUCAGUUUGACAGGCUUAGAUCUAUACGCUUUCAGGAUGCUAUUAAUAGAGCAUUGCCGAGAAGAAAGAUGCGCAAACUACCCAAUGCAAAAUCUUCUGAAGUCUCUAACUCUGAUCUUGCUGAGAUCGGAGAGCAGGAGCUCCCUUCUAACUUUGGGAAUAUUCAAGUUCAGGAUCAACUUUUGGAUGAUGAGACUCGUACUCUCCAGAUUGAGUUGACAAGCCUUCUAGAUGCUGUUCAAGAAACAGAAACAAAGAUGGUGGAGAUGUCAGCAUUGAAUCAUCUCAUGUCCACACAUGUCCUACAACAGGCUCAGCAAAUUGAACAUUUGUAUGAACAGGCAGUUGAAGCUACAAAUAACGUGGUGCUGGGUAACAAGGAGCUGACACAGGCAAUUAAGCGAAACAGUAGCAGCAGGACUUUUCUUCUCCUUUUCUUGUUUGUCCUUACUUUUUCCAUUCUCUUUCUCGACUGGUACAGUUGAUUCAAAGAAGAAUGAUCCUCCAUAUUUCAUCUCUCUUUUUGUCAUGGGACAGACUGGAGGAAGACAUAUUAGAAAUGGCGAGAUGUGUUCCAAGCUUAUUUUCGUAGCAAUUGUGGGAAUUGUAUCGAUGGUCUGUGCGUCUUCGAUUACUCAUCUACAACUGUUUCUGUAUGUACUGGAUAGACACCGGAGAGAUAUCCGAUACAAAUUGCUUUUCUGUGUUAUGAAAAGCAUGUGUGAGGCCGUGGCGGCAACGUCUGAGCUUCUUAGCUGUUCAGCAGCAAGAAUUUGAGUGGUGCUCCCUGUAUGUGAGGGACGUGUAUUUGCAAAAUCUCAAACAUGAAAUAUUAGGG